AUGCUUGCCUCAGUCAACACAUCCCGCUUCUUUGCCAGAUUAAACAAGAAGUCUGUUCUUAUCCAGAAGGAUUUCAAGUUCUCUGACCAGUCCAAGGUCGAUGCAAUCCUUGCUAAGUAUCCAAAGGAGAACAAACGCGCUGCAACAAUUCCACUUCUCCACCUUGGCCAGCGUGAAAACGGCGGCUACCUUACAACAGGCGUUCUUCAGGCUAUCUCCAAGAUCGUUGGCGUUACAGCAGGCCGUGUCCAUGAGACAGCAUGCUUCUAUUCUAUGUUCCGCUUCCAGCCACCGAACAAUCACAUUGUUGAAGUUUGCAAGGGCCUUUCCUGCUAUCUCACAGGCAGUGAUAACGUUAAGGAAGCCAUCCAGAAGGCUACUGGCGGCACAUUCAAGGAAGGCAAGUCCCCAGAUGGCCAGUUCACUCUUGAAGAAGUUGAGUGCCUCGGCGCUUGCGCUAAUGCUCCAGUUAUGAUUCUCGACGGUGUUUACUAUCAGAACUUGACAGCUGAGACAGCUAAGAUUAUUAUUGAAUGCGUUAAAGCAGGAAAGUCCGUUAAGGAACUCGAUGCUGUUCACACCCACCCACCAAGACCACUCCCAUAA